GUCUAGCUUAUAUAAACUAAUUAGCUUUAUUAUUAACAUUAACGCGUAACGAUAUCUUAUUGAUACACUAAAGAAGCAACUACUUGAAUAACAUCGACGCUGAAUCUAGGAAUGCUGAACAUGGCCGUUAGCCAGGUCGUCAAGUAACAAGACCAAUUGAUUUACACAUAUAAUACAGUCAAAAUGGUGCUUCCAUUAGCAAUUCUACGAGCGGGGAAGAGCCAACCGGCGCUCAUUGAACUGAAAAGUGGAGAAACAUACAGCGGAAUCCUAUCGUCAUGCGAUGCCUUCAUGAAUGUACAUAUGAUUAACGCCAUAUGCACGUCAAAGAAAGGAGAUGAAUUCUGGAAAUUAAGUGAAUGCUUCAUAAGAGGAAACAACGUCAAGUCAUUCAGAUUCCCAGAUGAAGUGGCAACUGUAGCCCUGGAAGAAUCUAAGGCUAUGGCAAAACCAUCUGGCUUUAACCAAAGAGGAAGAGAUCGCGGAGCAAGCAGAGGCAGAAGACCACAUCAAGGACGUGGGCAACUGAAACACUGAUGGCCACAGUUAGUGGGAUAUUAGUUAUACAACGUAGUAUGGCCCCUGAAACAC